UGAAGUUUUUCACCAUAUAAGGAUCAGUUGGGGCUCAAUAAGCGGCAGACGGAACCAGCGAACUCUCUUCUGUUUCUGCAUCUCUCUCCGACUUUUUGCAGCGCUGAUGGCGAACGUUCCGGGUCAGUUAGUUUGGGAAAUCGUUAAGAAGAACAGUUGUUUCCUCGUCAAAGAAUUUGGCAGAGGCAGUGCUGGUGUUCAAUUCAGCAAAGAGCCUAACAACCUCUACAACCUCAACUCCUACAAGCAUUCCGGGUUGGCCAACAAGAAGACAGUGACUAUUCAGCCAGGAGGCAAAGAUUUGUCUGUAUUGCUUGCGACAACAAAGAGAAAGAAGCAGAAUAAACCCGCGAGUUUGCUCAACAAAUCAGUUAUGAGGAAGGAAUUUCCAAGUAUGGCCAAGGCUGUGACUAAUCAGGUGGCUGACAAUUACUACCGACCGGACUUGAAGAAGGCUGCCCUUGCAAAGCUAAGUGCAGUUCACAGGAGCCUCAAAAUUGCCAAGUCAGGUGUCAAGAAGAGGAACAGGCAAGCUGUUAGGACCCGCGGUAGGAAGUGAAAGAACGAUGGUUUCUUCUAUUUGAGCCCCCUUUUUAUAAUACCCUGUUUCCAAUGUUCUAAACCGAGCCCCCCCAUUUGCAGGGCUUUUCAUUCAACUUUUUAUAUUUUGGUUUUAUAUUUGAGCAUCCUGCCAUUUGGAUU